AUGGCCGACGAUUUCCACUCGAAGUCCGAGGCCUUCAUGGCAUGGUUGAACAGCUAUUCGGCCACAACAAGCAACAAAAUAGCACUUCGGGACUUGCGACGAAAGGAUGCCGGACGCGGUGUAGUUGCAACCUCCGAUAUAGAAGAGGACGAGCUUCUCUUCAGCAUCCCCCGCACCUCCGUCCUCAGUGUUGAGAAUUCGCAACUCAGCAAGAAGGCACCCAGCCUUUUCAUCGAACUCGACCCAUGGCUUUCCUUGAUCGUCGUUAUGAUCUACGAGUAUCUCCAAGGUCCGAACUCAAUUUGGAAACCCUAUUUCGACAUCCUCCCUACCGAGUUUGACACGCUUAUGUUCUGGACGGAAGAGGAACUCGCGGAGCUCCAUGCUAGCGCUGUACGCGAAAAGAUUGGCAAAAAAGACGCAGACAAGACAUUUGAAGAGAUAUUGGUGCCUCUGAUUAGGCAAAAUGCGGAUACGUUCUUUCCCGGCGCGAACGUGCAUCCGACCGACCUGGACUUGGUGACUUUGGCUCAUAGAAUGGGAUCCACGAUCAUGGCGUAUGCUUUCGAUAUAGAGCCGGUUGAGUCGGGGAAAGAGGCGGAUGAAGACGGAUACGUGUCCGAGGACGAAGAGGAAGCUUUGCCGAAGGGCAUGGUACCACUGGCCGACAUGUUGAAUGCGGAUGCAGACUGGAACAACGCUAGACUGUUCUACGAGGAUGAAGUGCUCACCAUGAAAGCCUUGAAGCCUAUCAUGACUGGCGAAGAAAUCUUCAAUGAUUACGGCCCAUUGCCGCGAUCCGAUUUGCUUCGUCGAUAUGGCUACGUCACCGACAACUAUACCCCAUAUGACGUCGUUGAGAUUUCGCUUGAGCUCGUUUGCGAUAUCAUCAAGAACGAGGGCAAAAUAGACGAAUCUUCCAUAGAAAAUCGAAUUGAGUAUCUAGACGAACGAGGCGUUGUCACCUCUGGCUAUGACAUCUCAGUCCCAUCCAUUCAUACUUCAGUAGCCAGCGUGCUGUCUCCAGAAUUGAUUAUUCUGGUCGAGAGUCUCCUGCUUCCAGAGGCCGAAUGGGCCAGGUGCAAAAAGAACAUCAUUUCGACAGAGACACUAUCUCCUAACGGAGCCGAAACGCUUCUCAAGAUCGUCAAGGCCAGAGCAGCCCAGUACUCCACGACGCUUGCAGAGGACUUCUCUGAAAUUUCGAAUCUCCGGAAUCAAAUAGGUGAAUCGCACAGACUAUCCGGAAGCGAGAAGAGGAGGAUUAUGGCAAAAGAAGUGCGGCACGGUGAAAAACACAUCUUAGACGAGGCCAUGAAGGCGUUGACUGUCUUUUCUCCUUUCACGAAGAGACCUGAGAAACGGAACGACGGAGCGGCCCUGUAUACAGGCCCGAAUAAGAAGACGAGAGUUUAG